GUAAAAUAGCGAAAUAGCGAAAACGGAAGUCAUUAAAGCCUACGUUUUCAUUUUCAUUUUGUUUCCCUGAUAAUCAAGUAAACAAUGUUGUUCUCUGGAAGCUUGGUGUUUCUUCUUUUACUCUUAAAUUACUCUUUAAGUCUGCCUUUAGCGAAUGAACCAAUGUGCUCAAAAUUUGCUUAUGACGAGCAAUUGUUAGAAAAAAUGAUUAGGCAGGAAAUAAAGGUAGAAACGAUGCAGGAUGACAUUAAGAAAACGCAAGAAACUGUUUCAUUUACGCUUGAGGAAAUUAAGAAAACUAGUGUAGAGGUGUCUAAAACACUGGAGAGCUUGCAGAACAAUGCCACGGAGGUGAUGAAAGGGAUCAUCCGCGACAAAGAAAGAAAUGAAGAAAUAUUGAAAGCAACAUUCGAAGAACAACGGAAUAAUUUCACAACUGAUAUGGAAGAAGGAAGGAAGAUGUUAAAAGAACUUUCAGAAAACAUGAAGAAACCUUCCAUUGCAUUCUUUGCACACAAUGUGGUAGAUCUAAAGCUUGACAAGUUCGACAAAAUCAUCAUAUUUACCACAGCCACGACCAAUGAAGGAUCAGGAUAUGACACUUCCACUGGAAUCUUCACAGCACCUGUCGGGGGAUUGUACCAAUUUAUUAUAAACUAUUGUACAUACACGAAGACACAUUCACCUCUUGCGUUGGUACUAUCAGGAAACGUGAUGGCUCGAUCGUCAAAUUAUGUUGCAAACGGCUAUCCUUGCUCCUCCUUUUCUGCUGUAAUAAGAGUGAAAUCGGAAGAGAAGAUAUGAGUCAAAGGUUUGUCUGGCUUAUCCAGUUAUGCCUUAUAUAAAGAUAGUUGGAGGAUGAACUCCUUCAGUGGAACUCUUGUCAAUAAGUAAAACAUUCAUUAACCUUACGCAUGAAAUGUAACAGGAUUUUUUUACAAAUACACGUAUAAUACAUAAAAUUCAUAUACAUUAAAAUACAAAUCAACUAAGAUUUAUAAGAGACAUAUAUAACCAUUAUCAUAUAUAAUAUGACUUUUUACAUAGAAAACAGAUAAGAACUAGAAUACUCCUAUUAUUCUGAUUCAUUUUCAAAUUGCUUCAGAAGAAAUAAAAGAGAAAAUAGAAGUGGGAUAAUUUGGCAAUAUACACAACAACUUAUAGAAGUUCAGUUCAUUAAUUUUGAUUUCCUUUUGUAUUAUAAUUUAUUGGUAUAUAAUAACUAAGUCUCUAGAGAAUUAAGUUUUUUGACGCUUCUCAUAGACAAAUACAAAGUCUAAGAAAGUUACUUUUAUAUUCUACUAUAUGUACUAUGUUCUGUUUUAUAUACGUAAGACUUAAUGCAUCAUGAUGGCCCUCAUUAGCAUUGUGUUUGUUUGUUUUUUAUAUUUAUAGAUGUUUUCAAAACGGCAAAUGUUAAACUUUAACUUAAUUGAUUUCUUAUCAUCAGCUAUAUGUGCAUGUAUGUCUCAAUAUAUAAAUAUCGUUUCGAAAUUGGAAAAGAAAAA